AAUAGUAAGAAACUAUUAAAAUGGGAAGAAAGCUGGGAGAAGGGGUCAGGCGACGAAGUACGAACCCCGAGCCAAGACGGAUUGAACGCUGAGGCCCACUCCGGUUCCGUUCCAUCGUUCAAAUCGUCGUUGGCUCCGUCGAGUCUCUAUUGUGGACAACGAGGACGAUAUCUGAGCUCUUGAGAGAGAAGGAGGAGAAGAUUGGAGAGAGAGGCAGAGCCAUGAUAACUCGAUCGAAUCUGGCCGAGCAGUUGAGAGAGUACCAGCUUCGAUCCAAGCACGACUGGGCCUCCGUCUCCUUCUUCUCCUCUACUUCUAAUCUUCCUUCUUCAAGGGUGGAUGUUGUGAUCUUUUUAAUAUGGGAACUUGUUAUUCUAGCUUUCCUGGUUUUUUCUGCAGUUUCUCUAUAUUUUAGGCAUAUGCGGCUUGCUUUUAUUCUAGUAUGCAUCACGAUGCUUUUCCUUUUAUGUAUGAAAAUUACAAAGCAAGUGAGAUUGGCGAGGAAAAAGAAGCGAAGGAUGCUUCUUCCUCUGUCAAUGUGAAACUAUAUGUAGUCGUUUUUUUUUUUUUUUUUUUUUUUUUUUUUUUUCCUAUAGUAACCCAACUUUACUGUAAUACGUUCUUGAUCAUUGCAAUUUGGUCCGGCUUCUUUUUUGGUUUCUGGACGGAGUACUGCACCUAAAGAAGAUAAAGGAUAUAAUGACGGGUAUGCGCCAACAAUGCUGAUCAAACUGGUUUAUCCUCGAGGUAGAUAAUCCUUGUGUCAUGACUGAAUGAUGGAUUGUAGUCGUGUCAGUUUCUUUCUUGCUGUCAGUUUCCUGUAUACAUGAUGCAGUCAAAACUGGUACUUUCUUUAAUUUUAUUCCUUUUUUCCGUGA